CUAAAGCUUCAGUGACAACCAUACUAAGCCCAGCGUAUGGACUGGCUCCCAAGCCCAAGCCCAAGUCAUUCACUUCCUCAUUCAUCUUGUGUCGCCUCCAAGUCUUUCACCUUAAAGUUCCGCGACAGACUGACAUCUCGUGAUCUGUCCUUAGCUGCUGCGGGGAUACCUAGGGAGAUCACCAACAGCGCCCAGGCCAAGAGCGUGGGGAGUGGGAACAACAAUAAAAACAGAAAAACACAAGCUACGCAGAAAAUCGCACGGCAUGGCUGCUAAUCGCGUUUAUCGGGUCUGCUGAUAUGGCGUGCAGGGUCCGAAGCUAUUAAGAGGAAGAAAAACACUCGGGCCGGCGGACGGGGAGAUGGCCUAUGCAGGGCUGAUGUCAGAAGUUGAAGUUGAAUCAUGUGAUGCGAGUUGAAAUUACCAGAUACGCUCAGCCGUCGGCACUUGGGAGGAACAGCGCGCUCGAUAGUCAUCAGGCAAGUUAUUUUUCACCUCAGCGAGCCCGUUUCGUACUAUCCGGUCCAAG